GUGGUUGAAAAUAGGGCAUAUUUUUAAUCUUUUAGAAAAAAGAACCAAAGUAUGCCCCAACUCAGUAUGUCGAUGUGAAAAAAAAUUAAAGAUAAUCGAAAAUUGUGAGCAAUGCAAAAAUAAUAUAAAGUGUGAGGCAGAAUACCUGAUAAUGUGUAAUGAUUGUCUUUAUGAAGUAUUAGAGGGAGAGUCUGCUAACUGGUCAAGUGGAAAUUUGCUAAUUGAUGAAUUUAUUAAAAAAACACAGCGGUCAUUAUAUUAUACUCGAUACCCUGAACGGAUUCCAUAUAAUUUUUACAUUCGAUACUCUGAAUGGAUUUCAUAUAAUUUUUUAACCAAAAUAAAAUAUAUUGGUGGAGGCGAAUUUG